AUGUCGUUCUCAUACGCGUCCGUAGCAGAUCGAAUGUAUUCUAGACGAAGCUCGGAGCUCUACGAUAAUAUUGCAUAUCUUCAUCAUCCGAGUGGUGUCACUGUCGUCGUUCUUCGAAAUAUUCCCGAAAGCGAAGUGAUCGAAGUGGAUUUUGGAAAAACGAAAACACACGGAGCUGAUCGAUCGAUGAAUCAAGUAUCCGGAAAAGGGAAGAAGGGAGCACUUAUCCUCCAAACCGACUCGAAAUUGUGCACAUUCAAAUGUAAAGAUGGAUCCGAACACGUGGUGAGAGCUGGUGUACGUGGCACUCUUGUUGAGAUGAACGAUCGCCUGAAAACGCAUCCAGAUCUCAUCAGAACUGCUCCAGACAAUCAAGGAUUCAUUGCUAUUAUCACAUACGGUGCUGGAGUUCGGGAUACUGAAGGAAUGGGAGACGAGUUACCGAAGAAACGACUCCAUUUAAAAUCAUCCAAUUGA